CAGUAGUCACACAACAGUCGUAAGUGUACGGUACAACAGUCGCACAGUCACGAGCUCACCAUUCGUGAUUGCAUGCGGGCACCAUUCACAUUCACAUUCAGAUGGCCUCAGCCCUCAUGCUUGAGCCUAAACUCCGCCAUCAGCCACCCGUGCACCCCUUCCACGCACCACAGUUCCAUCGCCUCAUCAGUCUUGUCUUGUCCGAAUGCGUCCAUCACUCAUGCGAAGUAGUAGCCAGUCUCUGUCGGUACGCAGCCGCCACCCCGACGGCACCUCAGAGGGCCGCCGGUCGAUUUCAAGCGUUGAAUGGAGGCGUUCGUGACUACAGUAUCCCCCCUCUGCAUACCCCACCUCAACGGCGCGAGUCCCAGCGGCGGCUUAGGGACAACGCAGCUUACUCAAGCAAGCACUCGAAGCCACCGCUCCUCCAAAAUACCCACGGCUCACCUUGCGCGCACGACGCAUCGGGUCUGUUGGGGACAAAUUUCACAUACCGCAGCACCCCGCUCCCUCACCCACUCGGCGUGGUACUCCUCUUUUCUCAUUGCACGUCUCACUCCUUUCGGAUCACCGCGAGGGCGCAAUAUGCGGUGCUGAUCCGAUAUUGACGUGCCCUCGUCGUCGCUUUGGGCCCUGGAGCCUCUCUUUUCCCUACAUCCACGCUAUGGUCUCCGAGGAGAUCACGUAGCUGCGACGUGUUCCCGAUCGUAUUGAUACGAGCCUCCCUGCCGUUCCGAUCCAAGACGCCUGACCGGUCGC